AUGGCGGCGACGCCGUUUCGCGGCCUCAACAGCCGCCUGGCCAAUCGGUCACUACGGAUCAUGAUAUCCCCUGCACCGGCUACCUUUGCCGAGCGACGUUCGAUAUUACAAGUACUGCAAAAGUACGGACCCGUUGACAUCUUCAGGAGAGAAAACCAAGAAGCGCAUCGCUACAUUUCCGUCACCCGAAACGAAGACACGGCCAAGGCGCUCGCACAUCUGAGCCCGAUCGCGUGCCGCAUAUCGUUCCCCCGGAUCGAGCCGGCGAAGCGUGCGCGGCAGCUGCAGAGCCUGGCCGCGCCGCCAGCGCACCCGCGCAUCGAGUUCCAGACGCAGGCGAACAGGGCGGACUCUGCGCGCGCCGAGCAGCCCGAAACGGAGCAGCAGCCCGGGGCGGGCGAGGGCGAGACGACGCGCGAGUUUGUGCUCACGAUCGGGCCCGCGCGCGACUUUGACCACGGCAAGGCGGCGACGCGGGCGACGGAGCACGCGCGCUGGCCUGAGGGCUACGAGGCGGACCAGUCGUUUGCGGUGCUCGCGCUGCGGGACACGCUGCCUGACACGCUGCAGAAGAAGGGCCUCUGCUACUGGCACGUCAGGCCCGCGCCGGCGGACGCGCCCCGGGACACUAUGCGCCAACGGCUGGAGCGGAAGCAGCUGAUGCCGGGGCAGAUGACGGCGGCGGCGGAGGAUCCCGUCAGCCUGCCGCCGCCCAGGCCGCGGCGAAGAUGGUGA